UUUUGUUUGCUAAAAUAUAUGCAUCUAAAAAAUAAUUCACAAGGCAUCAACCAUAAUUCUCUAGUUCUAUACCUACUCGUACCAUGACAAAAAUUAUGCCUACCUAGAGGCUAUUCAUUAUAUGAACAAUUUUGAUAGCUUAACAUUUUGAUCUUUUAUUUUUUUUUAUUACAAAACAGUUAUACAUAAUUUAUGAUAAUUAAACAAAUUUUCACUUGUUGGUAAUAUUUUCCUUUUGUAAUGUCUUAUAUAAAUGCUUAUAAAAAUCGAUCCAAUAAUAAUGGCUCGUCAGAAGAUGAAAAACAAACUUUGUUGGUGUUUGGAUAUUCAUGCAAGUUAUUUAAAGAUGAUGAAAAAGCGCUUUUCAUUGACCAAGGGAAACAUUUGAUACCUUGGAUGGGCGAUGAGACAUUAAAAAUAGACAGAUAUGAUUGUCGUGGAGCCUUAAGUGACUUGAAGUCUGUAGAAGCCUUGCCGUUUGGCCAAAGCCGAUGGGAAGGAUUAACAGCUGAAGAAAAGAAGAUUGAACAGUUAUGUGAUGAAGAAAGAUAUAAGUCUCUCAAUGAUAAAAGUGAAGAAGAAUCAAUUUAUCAAGAAGAAGAACUUAAACGGCUCCAUCAGGCUUUAAAUAAUGAUGAAAAUGAAUAUGGGCAAGUUGGUUAUAAAUAUGAAGAUGAGUCUUCCAAUACAUCCGAAAUGAAAACUGCAGAUGAUACAGAUUAUGAACCUGAGUUAGAAGAAGCUUUUAUUCCACCAAGAGAAUUAGAAAUUCCUUCCAACAUGCAUGUUCCACAAACUAAAAAAUUAAAUGCUAUAAUAGAAAAAACAGCAUUAUUUAUAUCUAAACAUGGAGCACAAAUGGAAGUUUUAUUGAAAGCUAAACAAGCACACAAUACUCAAUUUGAAUUUCUAUCAUAUGAUCGACCACUAUAUCCUUAUUACCAACAUGUACUUUCAGCUAUUCGGUCUUGUCGUUAUAAUCCUACUCUUGCUAAUGAUAGCGCUGAAGAUUCAUUAGAUUCCUCAAAUGAAGAAAGCUACCUUCAUCCAAGCCUACUAAAAAGUGCAAAACAACCAGAAACGACGCCAUUUAUCCCAAGCAUAACCUACAAACCAUCUGCAGACUGUUCUUACUCAUUGUUAGUUAAUAAAAUUAAGGAAAAACAAUCUGCAAUGCCUGUUGAGGAAACCUCUGUAAAUGAAGUAGAAAAUACUUCUACAAAUGUAACUACCUCAGAAUUUGAUGGAUUAACUAAAUCAGCUAGACGUCGGUUAAAAAAAAAAUUAGUAUCUCAAUCUACAUUAAAUGUCUCAAACUCGCCAGAAACAGAUGAUAAUGAGACUAUUGAUGAAUUGAGUUCAACUGAAAUUACUACUAGUAUUAAUAAAGGAUCAGAAAAUACAGUCCAACAAAAUGUCACAAUUGGUAUUGAUGUACCCCCUAAUGAUUUACAAAUCAUUAUUGAUAAAAUGGCAUCAUAUGUCACAAAAAAUGGAAAACAGUUUGAAGAAACUGCUCGAAAAAGACAGGAUCCAAGAUUGAAAUUCUUAGAGCCUGAUGAUUGUUUCAAUGCAUAUUAUACUCAAAAACUUAAGCUAUAUGCAACAAUUAAAAAACUGGAACAAACAGCCCCAUCAAAAUGUAAUGUGGAUUCUAAAACGAAUUCAAAAUUACCUGUAUGCUUUUCUUUGAAAAAGCAAAAAGAAUCAGAAUCUACGGAAAUUAAAAAAAGUGCCCUAGAAGAUAGUUCAAAUGAAAUGAGUGAUGAUGAAAAUAAAAAAGAUUGUAAUGAUAAGACAGAGUCUAACCACUCUAAAAUAAUGAAAUCUGUUACAUCUGCAAAAAAAAAUCCAUUACAAAACACAGCUAAAUUAGCUGAAGAGAGAUUAAAAGAUAAAUUAGCUAUGGCAGCAAAAGAAAAACUUGCCAUGUUAGAAAGAGAACGCACUAAGAAAGAAAAAGAAAAAAUUCAAGCAGAAAGAAAAAGAAAAGCUGCACAAUUUUUAGCUUCAAUGAAAAUAGUUAGUUCAUCAAAUAAAAAUUCCAGCGCUAUUCCAAGUGUCAUAAACUCAGAAACACUGGAUAGUUGUUCAAAUUCACCACUACAAAAUUCUGUAGCUAUAAUUACUGAUCAGAAACCAAUUACAAAUGCAAAAAAUGGUUUACCUGAUAAUGAUCUACAAGUUGUUACUGUUCAAUCUUCUUCAAAAGUACAGGAUAUUAUAUCCAUUGGUUCUAGUGAUGAAGAUAUAUCCAACGAUGGUCUUCUUAAUAAAAAUAUCAAUGGAAACAAAAUUAACAAAAUGUCACUGCAAUCCAGACUACUAGAAACUAUUUCCAAAGACAAAAAACGCAAAGUAACUGAAGAAAAAGAAAAAGAUUAUUAUAAACGUAUCAAGCGUUAUGAAGAAAUAAAAGAAAAAUCACCUGACCAAGUAUAUUCAUCUCGUGAAAGAGAUCGAAGUAGCAGGCGUUCCAAAAAAUCUCACUCUAGCCAUCAUAGUUCUUCAAAAGAUCACAAGAGUGAUCGUAGUAGCAGACGAUCAAAACAUAAACAUAAAUCUAAGAAAUCCAAAAAACAUACUCGUAGCCAUAAUUCAGACUCUUCAGACGACAGCACCAAUACAAAUAAUAGCCGUUAUUCAUGAAGACAUGGUUCUUUUUUUUUGUAUUCAACAUAAUAUUAACAGAUAAA